AUAAACUGAAGCCAUUGGCCAAAACAGUAUCAGUUAAACAUUUCAAACAUUCAAUACAGAUCCAUUUUGAAAACAAAACCACAAAUCUUUACAAAAAUGUUCAAGUUGGUGGUAUUGUCUGCUCUCCUCGCCGUAGCUGCUGCUCGUCCCGGUCAUUUGGAAACACCCCUCUACUACUCCGCCCCAGCAGCCACUGUUACUGUGCAGGAAACCUCUUUGGCCCAUGUUGGCAACGUGGUAAAGAGUGUCCCCUCUGCCGUCUCGCAUCACAGCAACAGUGUUGUCCACAGCACCGCAAAUGUGGUGGAAGAUGUCUACAGUCCAGCUGUUAAGACGACUUCCUAUACCACGAAAACUUUGGCCACACCUGUGGUGGAAACCUAUGCCGCUGCAGCUCCAGUUGUCCACAGCUAUGCUGCUGCUCCCGUAGUCCAGACUUAUGCUGCAGCUCCUUUGGCUCACAGUUAUGCAGCUGUUCCAGCUUACACCAGCUAUGCUGCCUCAGCUCCUUUGACCUACACUGCCACCGGUCUGUGGUAA